AUGUUAAGAUUGUAUUGUAACCUUAAGAUAAGAAGAAUUCUUAAAUUAUUAUAAUUUAUAGGUUAACAUAGUUUCUAUUAGCUUUUACAUUAAAGUAGAAUUGUUCCUUGCGAAUUUAUUGGAUUCUGCAGAUCCUAAGGCACAGUUGUUUUAGCUGGUGAACCAGUAACCAGUCAUGAAGAAUUGAUGUCGAAUUUCUUCUCAUAACCUGAUGCUUUAGCUUGUGGUAAAACUAUUGAAGAACUUAAGGCUGAAAAAGUUCCUGAAAAUUUACAAAAUAAUAAAUAUUUCCCAAUAGAUAGACCCUCCUUAUCCCUAUUAUUUACUGAAUUAAAUCCUUACACUGCUGGUUAAUUACUAGCUCUUUACGAACAUAGAACUGCUAUUGAAGGUUUCUUGUGGGAUAUUAAUAGUUUUGAUUAGUGGGGUGUAGAACUCGGUAAAGUACUUGCUAAGUAGGUAAGAACUUUCUUCUAAAACCACCAAGACAGGAGCACUGCCGAUUUCACUGGCACCAAAUUUAACUCUGCUACUGAAGCUUUAUUAUCUAAGUUUGUUUAACAUAAAUGA